AUGAACCAAACAAAGGGCGGGACACGAGUAGAGGAAGCGAAGAAACCUUCAUUGCUGGAGGAACUGUUUCCCGAAGAAGCAAAACCCAAAUCUCAAGGACCGAGUCGACCAAAGGAGCGUGACAUCCCUCGACUAGACAUCCGCUCGUCGCUACCCAAACCUGCGACACAAAGGCCAGAGCAGCGCGAGCCUAGGAAGAAGCUGGAAAGUGACAACUGGUGGAACCGGGCGACUGAGACUGCAGCAGAGCCGUCGCCGGUGCGAGGAGGGAAAAGAAGAAGUCAUGGUGUUGGUGGUGUGCUCAUGCUGCGCAACGCGAGCAAGACACUGGUCGAGGACGAUUUCACAAGAUUGAUUCCUCAAGGUCUACAUAUCGAAGGUUGGGCUUUGGAUCAGGCCGACAUUGUCAAGGUCGUCCCUGGCCGCAACACGAGUACUUUGGAGCGAGCCAACUUCUACUUCAUACUGUUCAGCACACGAGCCGCCAUGAACGCCUAUCGCACCCAUGUCCUACAACUGCAUUCGCUUGCCGCAAGACAUGUUCAAUCCAGUCUCAUAUCACCUAUACCCCCGCCGCCAGGAUAUCAUCUAAACGGACAUGAUGUCGAUGCUUUAUUACAGAGCUACACCCUCGUCCCUCCAUCCCGUAUGAUGCGUCUUCUACCUUUGCCAAUGUCCGUGUCACCUUCAAUAGUCGACAUCAUCCAAAACCUGGGAUACCCGGAUGUCGUCAAAGGUCCUCUCAGGAAGCCAUACGUUGUCAUGAUACGCCUUGAAGGCCCACAGCUGCCCAUCACCAUGAUCAAAGGUGUCUUGAGCAGAGUGGAGAGAGAACGAAGGAUUCCAUGGAACCGCGACUUUGGCGACUUAUCAUACCAUACCUGGGAGCCAAAGCCAAAGAACAUCUCGCCCUUAGACGAGAGGACAAGGCUGGACAAGAAUGGAGACGACGAAGGUAACAGCAACGAAAUUGAGGAGAUUGCCGAGAUGGAUAGAGAUGCGAAGGGCGGCGAAGAAGGAAGCGAUCGGCCAGGCAGACGUGAAAGACGCAAGCCUCGAUGCUCCUAUCUCUUUGGCUUUGAUAGUGAGGAUGCCGCUCUCACUUUUGUGCAAUACUGGCAUCGAAGACCGCUUGACAUGGCCGAAGUCAACUACGCCAACGACGAGAUAGCUCCUGUAGUCGAUGCAGAAUUGUUGUGGUAA